AUGGGACAAAAAAGUAGUAGAGUGCAAAUAACCAAGACGGACAGGGCAAUCUUAGAAGUGAAACGAUCUAAGGAUGAAAUUCAUAAAUUUACGAGAAGGACAGAUGGUUUGAUUCUGGCAGAAAGGAACCAACUCAAAGAUUUGAUACGAAAGCAUUCUGACGAUUACAAAUGUAACACGAAAGUACGGUUUUUGCUGAAAAGAAUACACUAUCAAGAGCAUUUGUUGCAGCAGGCUUCAGAUCAGCUCAUUAAUUUGGAAAACAUGGUAUCAACGCUGGAAUUCAAAAUGGUGGAAACACAAUUUUUCAACGGAUUAAAGAAUGGGAAUGAAAUCUUGAAAAAACUGAACAAAGAAUUUAGUAAUGUUGAUGAAUUAAUGGAUGAUGUACACGACCAAAUUGCAUAUCAGAAUGAAAUUAAUGAGACAUUAUCUAGAAGUGUAGUUGGGACGAAUGAUUAUGAAGAUGAAUUAAAUAAGGAAUUGGAUGCUUUAGAGAGUGAACUCAAUUCAGUGAAGCAGGACAAGAAUGAAGUAGUCAAAUUGCCAUCAACAGAGGGGUUGCCAUCAUUACCACAAGGAGAACAAACAGAGCAUAAGAAGGGGAAGGAGUUAUUGCAAAAGAAAAAGGAGAAUAAUAAGGAACCGGUAGCGUUACUAUCCUAG